UUGCGCUCUGCCAUCGAUUAUAUCUGGAUCCUCAGUACUGGCGAGAGCGGUGGGAAACAUGGCGUCGGAAGGGAUGAUUUUAACCAACCACGACCACCAAAUACGAGUCGGAAUUCUAACGGUGAGUGACAGCUGCUUCAGGAACCUGGCUGAGGACCGCAGUGGAGUAAACCUCAAAGAUCUGGUCCACGACCCGUCACUGCUCGGAGGCGUCAUAUCUUCCUACAAGAUAGUCCCAGAUGAGAUUGAUGAGAUUAAGGAGACAUUGGUGGACUGGUGUGAUGAGAAGGAGCUGAACCUGAUUCUGACCACCGGGGGAACAGGGUUCGCCCCCCGUGAUGUCACUCCCGAGGUACAUGGGGACCCCAAAGUUUGUGUUUGUGUCCAUGCCACCAGAGAGGUGAUAGAGCGCGAGGCUCCAGGGAUGUCCCUGGCUAUGCUGAUGGGCUCCCUGCAAGUCACACCUCUGGGCAUGCUCUCCAGGCCUGUCUGUGGAAUCAGAGGCAAAACCCUCAUCAUCAACCUACCUGGCAGCAAGAAAGGCUCACAGGAGUGUUUCCAGUUCAUCCUUCCAGCUCUGCCCCACGCCAUUGACCUGCUGCGUGACGCGGUUGUGAAGGUGAAGGAAGUCCACGAGGCCCUGGAGGACCUGCCCUCACCCCCACCGCCCCUCUCCCCGCCCCUCACCCUCAACAGCAUCGCCUGCACCCAGACAGAGGACAAGGGUGUGCAGUGUGAGGAUGAUGAUGAUUAUGAUGAUGAUGAUGAGAAGAUGAAGGACAGCUGCUUGGUGUCUACCGAGGACCACCACGCCCACCACCACCACUCCCACUCCCACUCCCACGGACACAACUCACACAUCACCGCCGCCGCCAUCGCUGCCAAGAAGGGGAAGCCCCAGCACCAUAACCAUGCUGUUGUCAUGGCUAAAGAUAGCCAGUAUCUACCUGGUCUGGUAUCUAACCUCCCUCCCGCCCCACCUCAUUACACCUGCUCCUGCUCUGGAGACCAGCCGGUAACGAUCCCAGACAGCAUCAUCUCUAGGGGUGUGCAGGUUCUUCCCAGAGACACAGCUUCUCUGAGCACCACGCCCUCCGAGUCGCCCCGCGCCCAGGCCACCUCGCGCCUCUCCACUGCCUCCUGCCCCACGCCCAAAGCCCGGCUCCCCUCCUGCUCAUCCACUUAUAGUGUCUCCGAGGCCGCACGGAGAGAGUUCAGGGCUCACCUGGAUGAGGUCAUCACGCUCCAGUCUAGGUACUCUACCUUGGACCAGCUCCACUCUAGGAUGGAGGGGCACAACAAUGACCACAGAGGCCAUAGCAGGACCUACGACUUGCGAGUUCAGUCGCGGUGUGGCAGCAAAGAGAACAUCCUGAGGGCUAGUCACAGUGCAGUGGACAUCACCAAGGUGGCUCGCCGGCACCGCAUGUCUCCCUUCCCCCUCACCUCCAUGGAUAAGGCCUUCAUCACCGUACUGGAGAUGACCCCCGUGCUCGGCACUGAGAUCAUCAACUACAGAGCUGUUCCACCUGGCCCAGAUGCUCUCCAUUCCACCCUGUCUAUCGAUGGGAUGGGUCGAGUCUUAGCUCAGGACGUCUACGCCAAAGACAACCUGCCUCCAUUCCCUGCAUCAGUCAAAGAUGGCUACGCUGUGCGAGCGGCCGACGGUCCUGGAGAUCGCUUCAUCAUUGGGGAGUCACAGGCAGGACAGCAGCCGACCCACACAGUGAUGCCAGGCCAGGUAAUGAGGGUGACAACGGGGGCUCCCAUCCCCUGUGGGGCGGAUGCUGUGGUGCAGGUGGAGGACACAGAGCUUCUCCGAGAGUCUGACGACGGCACAGAAGAGCUGGAGGUGCGGAUCUUGGUACAGGCACGCCCUGGACAGGACAUCAGGCCUAUAGGUCAUGAUAUAAAGCGUGGGGAGUGUGUCCUGUCCAAGGGAACCCACAUGGGCCCCUCUGAGAUCGGCCUGCUGGCCACCGUAGGAGUCACUGAGGUGGAGGUGCAGAAGUUCCCAGUGGUGGCUGUCAUGUCCACUGGCAACGAGCUGUUGAACCCAGAGGAUGACCUGCACCCAGGGAAGAUCAGGGACAGUAACAGAUCUACACUGCUGGCCACCAUUCAGGAACAUGGCUACCCUACCAUCAACCUGGGCAUCGUCGGAGACAACCCAGACGACCUCCUUAACGCCCUGAACGAGGGCAUCAGCCGUGCUGACGUCAUCAUCACCUCAGGGGGUGUGUCCAUGGGAGAGAAGGACUACCUGAAGCAGGUGCUUGACAUUGACCUCCACGCCCAGAUCCACUUUGGACGGGUCUUUAUGAAGCCAGGUCUCCCCACCACGUUCGCCACUGUAGACAUUGACGGGGCACGGAAACUGAUAUUUGCCCUACCAGGUAAUUUCACCUUCAGAGAUACAGGCGCCAUUCUCAUCGACCCUGUCCCCGACAGUGAGGCAAGCAGGGUGCCCGUGCCACCGCCCCCGCGCGGAAGUAACCCAGUGUCUGCGGUUGUCACCUGUAACCUCUUCGUCAUCCCUGCUCUGAGGAAGAUGCAGGGGAUCCUGGACCCUCGGCCCACCAUCAUCAAAGCCAGGCUUUCCUGUGAUGUAAAGUUGGACCCUCGUCCUGAGUACCACCGCUGCAUCCUGACAUGGCACCACCAGGAGCCUCUGCCAUGGGCACAGAGCACAGGAAAUCAGAUGAGUAGUCGACUGAUGAGCAUGAGGAGUGCCAACGGGCUGCUGAUGUUGCCUCCUAAAACAGAGCAGUAUGUGGAGCUGCAUAAAGGAGAGGUUGUGGAUGUGAUGGUCAUAGGACGACUAUGAUGAUGUCAUCUUACGGGGACAGAUAGAUAGAUAGGAAGAGAAAGUGGUGCAUGUCCACAUAUCAUAACUAUUCUGUAAUAUGCAACGGCACAGCUAGUUUUUAUUGAUUUGGAUAAUAAAGUUAAUCAAGUAUAAUUAAUCAACAUCUCGAACACAAAAUAAAUGAGUACAUACAUUGAUCAUGAAAUCUGAAUUUGAAAAGAUUGUAUUUCAAAGAAAGACAAAAUGUUAUACCUUUUAAAAGUGAAAAUAAUAUAUAAAACAUAAGAGAUUUAUUCUGUAAUAUAUUAUUAUUAUAAUAUUAUUAUUAUUAAUAUUAUAUUGUCAUAUUAAGCAACUCUGUUUCUCAUUCAUCCUCGCAAUUGCUCUGUGUUUUCAACCCUAGAACUUAUAGAUAGAUAGCAGUAGCAUUUCAAUAACAAGCUUUAGGUGCAAAGAAAACACACAAGAAAACUAUUUUCUUAUCUCACUAAAAAAAGAUAGAAAAUACAUCUCUUGUUUUUGAACAAGGAAAACCCCUUGGAGAUAAUGUCAGAAGUCCCCCUUGGGCUGUGUCCUGAUUCUCCACAUGUACUCCCCGUCAUUUUUAAAGGCAUUGGAUUGGUGAAGGUAGGCAUUGGCUGGAGGGAGUUUCCACCGUUGCUAAAUCCAUGCAAGAAAGUAUGCAGGAGUAGUGUGUAGAAUCAGGAUGGAGCCUUCGUGCUCUGGUUGAUGGGAGUGUUUUCAGGGUCCUGAGGGUGCCUUUAGCUAUCUUAUCCCCUCCCUUUAGUGUUCUUCUUCUCUUCUAUGCCUCAUUAUAUGGGCUUUAUUAUGCCUCAUAAUGGCUUCACACAUAGCUUUGCUUGUCGUUUAUCUUGUGAGUCGUGUUUAUGUGUGCAGUGCCAAAAGUGGUGGGCAUCUUGGGCCAAAGGUCAUAGGGUCAUCAUGAUGAGACCUGGGCCUGUAUUCAUAAAUUGGCUCAGAGUAGGAGUAGUGAUCUAGGAUCAGGUCACCCCCCGUCUAUAUAAUCUUAUUCAUUAUGAUAUUUUUUAAAACUAAAUUUAUCCUAGAUCAGCACUCCUACUCCUUUAUGAAUACAGGCCUUGAAGGCGGAGAAAGGCAGCGAGUGGCCUGCCUGUGCCCCCUAGGCUGACUGUUUCCCCUAGCUGCCCCCCGACCCACUAGCUGCCCCCCAGGACCCCUAGUUGCCCCCCAGGCCCACUAGCUUGCCCCAGACCCACUAAAUUAACCCAGACCCACUAACUUCCCCCAGACCCACUAACUUCCCCCAGACCCACUAUCUUCCCCCAGACCCACUAACUUCCCCCAGACCCACUAACUUCCCCCAGACCCACUAACUUCCCCCAGACCCACUAUCUUCCCCCAGACCCACUAACUUCCCCCAGACCCACUAACUUCCCCCAGACCCACUAACUUCCCCCAGGCCCACUAGCUUCCCCCCAGACCCACUAACUUCCCCCAGACCCACUAACUUCCCCCCAGGCUGACUGUUCCCCCUAGUUGCCUACCAUGCCCCCUAGCUGCUCCUCUGGCCCACUAGUUGCCCCCCAUGCCCCCUAGCUGCCCCACAGGCCCACUAGCUUCCUCAUAGUCUGACCUCACCUGGUACUGAAGUCCCACCCAGAGACAUGUAUAUUCUUUCAUAUAUCUAAAUAAAUGCCUCUGGUCCCACCCUACUCUACCAACACCGUCUGUCUCCCCCCUACCCUCAUCCCUCCAGGACUGCUCACCUCACACAUACUAGUACAGAUACGUGCGCGGGAACUGGAGGAGGGAGGAAACUUUAUUUAAUUUGUUUCAUUUCAUAAGGAAGAAACAGCUUAUUUAAAGUGCUGACUGCCUUUUUAACAGCUAUUCAAACAAUGUACAGAAAAAUACAUAAAUACAAAAGAGUGAUAUUGUACAGAUUAUGGUGACCAGCACUCCUGACUAAAUUAAUGAAGCAAUGGGGAGAUAUUGAACUCUGUACUAUAAACGUUUUCUGUAAUAUUGUUGAAACUAAUGAAAAAUUAAAAAUCCUUGAUCAUUA